CUUCUGCUUUCGCUUCCUACUUGGUGGGAAGCUCCGCUUUCCUCACAACAAGCCGGGUUCGGUUCGGUUCGGCUCGGUUCUGUUCGGAGAGCAGAGGUUCUGGGUCGGCAGGAUUUUGCAGCGGAGAGCUGAAGCAGAGCGGAGGUGGAUCCGCGGCACCGAGGCGCACAGAUGGUGUUUCUGUGGGAUGCGAAAUACGAUCCGGCCCCCGGCAGGCGAUACACGCCCCCCUCCACCUCGCUGGCCUCGGGGGGGAAAAUGGCGGAGGCUUUGCCCCUAGGAGCCCAGGAGGCCGGCGGGGGGGCGGCUGCGAUGGGUAAAUUCCGUCUGGCGGAGCACGGCAUGGCUGAAGUGAUUUCGGAUCAUCCGGGCGAGCUGGUGAAGACCGACAGCCCCAACUUCCUCUGCUCGGUGCUGCCCACCCACUGGAGGUGCAACAAGACCCUCCCCAUUGCCUUCAAGAUUGUGACCCUGGGCGACGUCCCUGAUGGGACCCUGGUGACGGUGAUGGCGGGAAACGACGAGAACUACUCCGCCGAGCUUCGUAACGCCACGGCUGUCAUCAAGAACCAGGUGGCUCGAUUCAACGACCUGCGCUUCGUCGGCCGCAGCGGGAGAGGAAAAAGUUUCACCCUGACCAUCACGGUGUUCACCAACCCUCCUCAAGUCGCCACCUACCAGAGGGCCAUCAAGAUAACGGUGGACGGUCCCAGAGAGCCACGGCAUUCCAGACAGAUCCAGUCUUCUCCAUCUUGGAGCUACGAUCAGUCGUAUCCUUACCUCGGCCAGAUCACUACUCCAGCUGUUCACACAGCUGGUCCACUUUCACCUGCUCGCUCCUCUUUUGGUGAGCUUUCCUCAAGGCUUUCAGGUUCGGACCUCGCGGCCUUUGGUGAUCCGCGGAUGGCUUUGGAACGGCCGUUCAGUUCCCUCCCCUCCCUGCCUGAAUCCCGUUUCUCCAACACUCGGGUGCACUACCCUCCUACAGGAGCCGCAUUCACUUACACUCCAACACACAACCCGGUCUCUAACGGCGCUAUCAGCAUCACCAUGGCCACCGCCAUGGCGUCCACCCAAACAGGACGGUACCACACCUACCUGCCUCCACCUUACCCUGCCAACGCCCCUCACCAAGCUCAGAACGGGCCGUUCCAGUCCACUUCGUCCCCCUAUCAUCUGUACUACUCCACCACCACCGGCUCGUACCAGUUCUCUAUGAUGGCCGGGGGAGGGGCCAACAGUGACUCGCACUCUCCGCCUCGUAUCUUCCCGCCUUGCACCACUGCCUCCACGGGGUCUUCUCUUCUACACCCUUCUUUGCCCAAUCAGAACGAAGGAGUAGGUGUGGAGGUGGAAUCCAGCCACAGUAGCUCGCCAACAAACAUGGCUGCGGCUGAAGCCGUAUGGAGACCGUACUGACUCACCUCUCUGCCGAGAGCGGAUUCACCUACAUUAGUGCUUCGAGUCUUCACAACAUUUACGUUUUUCAGUCGAGGGAGCAAAACCAAAGUCUUUCACUCUGUGACAUGGAGUCCACUCCAGCUUUUAAUGUUUCUGGCUUCCUCUUGUUAGAACCAACUAUUCUGAUCCGUCUUCUGAAAACGUCGCAGAAUGGCUGAGACUUCUUAAAACGGUUGGAUCUGCUAAGGAAGAGGCUCAUUGAAGCAAAAUGUGUUGUUGAACUCAGAAAAACCUGGACUUUGGUGUCUAUGAUUAGUAUGGAGAGAUUCUCCAGUUGGUUCCGAAGACGAAAAACACGAAACGGGGGGACGGUGGAAGCAGCUACCCUCUGGUUCACUGUGUGUUUUUAUUACCAUUGAAACGACACACCAGCUUGUUCAAACUAGUCACUAAAUGAAGUGUUUUAGAAGUUUCUUAAAAAAAUAAAAGAGUUUUACUUCACACACAUCCAGAUCCAGUGUCUGAGUGAAAAGGGUAAGUCGUUGUUUGGGUCUAGACCUGGGAAAGCCGAGGCCAGACAUCUGUGGACGCUUCCCUAAUGUUCCAGGUAAGUCCCGCCGGGAGGAGGCGAAGAGGACGGCCCAGCGUCUCUGGGUUGGAGCUGUAGGAGAGGGAAGUCUCUGCUCAGCCUGCUGCCUACAUGACCCGGUCCUGAUAAGGAUCAUUUUUAUCAAGCUGCAACUCUCAAUUUAUUAUUUGUGUUAUUUUAUAACUACCUGAUAAAAGCUGAUUCUUAUUUUCUUAUAUUCAUAAUAAUCAGAUAUUUAAUCAUUUUAGUUAUUGGUACGGAUAAUUGAUAAACAGUCUAAUUUUAACCAAAUAUUUAUAUUAAUGAUGAGUCAACCGUGAGUCAAAGAGGGUAGGACUUGGAGACAAUCACUGGAGCUUUCAGUGUAAAACCAUGAGAAAUGAAAAAAGUAUGAACUAAAUGACUCCAAUCAACUUACGAUUGAAAACAAAGUCUUGAGCCGGGCACACACUGUGCAAUAUUUUUAAUCGUUGCACGCAGCUACAGAUCAAACUGUACGACAAAGUUCACAGCUUACGAUGUUUGUUCUC